AUGAAAACAGGAACUGAGCGACUCAAAGUGACGUCGGUGUGGUGGAGCAGCAGCUCUGCUUCAGUGGUGCUGGACGUCCUGCGGGAGCUGCGGCUGGACAGACUGAUGGACGAGAGCGCCACUGCGCUGUGGCUUGAUGAACACCUGCGAGCGUUCCUGCCGAGCGCAUCCGGGACCUUCCUGCAGUGCCUGCGCAGCCAGAACCUCAGCUGCCAGAGCUUCCAGACAGUGGUUGGAGCGUUCGAUGCAGGAUUUUUCCGUAUGAAUGACAUUCAGCGCCGAACAGCCGUGUCACACUUCAUCGUGCCAUUCCUCUCGAGAGCAGGUGCGGCGUGUGUGUCCAACGACAGCUCUCAGUGGCUCAUCAGUAACUUCGGCCAGUUCUCUGCUCUCCUUCCUCUGAAUCAGCUGAUCUCACUCAACCCACAGUUCAACCCGAUGAGCGGCCUGCUCUAUCUCUCUCCAGAGCAGCUGGUUGGGCUGAUGUUUGAUGACGUUCCUGGUCUUCCAGAGAAAAGUGUGGUCAUCAAUGCCGUGUUUGAUCACCUGACCGCGUCUCCACAGAAAGAGAGGAUCCUCUCCACGCUUCCCAUCAUGGUGGAGUCAUCAAAGACGAGGAACGUCUCCUGCGCGUCAUAUCAGAUCAUCUUCCACCAUCUGGAUCAUCUGAUGGUCAGCGUGCCGGUGGAUCUGGAGUCAGUGAUUCUGAGGAGUAAAUCAGCACUUCUUCAGAACGUGCCGCAGGGUUGUGUGAGCUCCAGCGGACAGUGUGGCGUCACACCAGUGAACGAAACGACAGUUUGCAGGAGCAGCAACAGCUCUGGUCUGUCGGCUUAUCUCAGCUCGUCUCAUGAUGGCAGUCGGCUCUGUGAAUUCAGCAUCACACAGUACGCUUGUGCAGAGUUCAACCCCAGCUUCAAUGUGUUCGACACCCUGAAUCUGUUGAGCCUGAGGCAGUUAGUGGAGGUUUCCAGCACUCCUGGAUUCCUGUCCAGCGCUGCUGCGGUUAAUAAUCUGCUGCUCUACGUGCCGGACGCUCAGUUCACAGCGUUCUUCUUAUCCCUCUCCGCUACACUACAGACGCAGGGCGUUGUUCUCCCAUCCCCCGUGCAGGAGGCGUUUCUGCAGCAGGUGUUUAACAGGGCCAAUCUGACCACGUCAUCAGACGCUGAUCUGCAGAUCUGGAUCCUGAACAUACUGCCGUCCUUCAUAGCCAACAUCACCGUUCAACAUGUGACGUCCUACUUCAGUGUCGUCCUGCAGCGACCCUGUCCCAUCAGCCAGCAGGCGGUGCAGCUGUUGAACUCGUCCAGCUCCACCUUCCAGCCGGCGACACAAGAUCAGAUCUACCAGCUGAUCCUCGGCUCUCUCACAGGCCCCGCCCCGCUGCGCUGCUAUGCUAACCAGAGCUACUACGCUUUCCUGACGUCCUCCUUCAUGAGCUUCCAGUUCCCCAAUCUGACCACCUUCCUGUCGCUGAUGCCGCCGGCUCGCGUGCCAGAGCUGAUGGAGUCGGUGUCUCCAGAGGAGGUCAGCAGUCUCCUGAACCGGCCCAACGCUGUGGACGAUGUUGCCCAAAUCUGCCAGCUUUUCAGAAACUACCCAAAGACGCCCCAGUACUUACAGAUGGAGCCGCUGUUGCCCGUGGGUUUGGCCCGGCAGGUGUUGUCCUGCGUCUGGCCUCAGGUUCUGAAGGUGGACGUCCAGUCUGAAGUGAUUCAGUGGUUUGAUCAUCGACUGGUUCAGUACCUGCCUCUCCUCACCUCACAGUUCAUCGCUCCAGACGUCAUGCUAAACGCCUCCUGUCUCUCCUUCAAGAAGUUUGUUUCAGCGAUGGCUAAAUACAACUACAGUGCAGCCGAGUUUUCUCCGAGCAACAUCUACGGUUCCAUCCUGGUCUACCUCAACACCUCUUCAGGUUCAACUCCUAAAUGCUAUUACACCUCCAACCCGGAUCUCAACUCCACCGCCUGGUUCGCAGACUACAUCUCCGUCUUCUUAAGCUUCAUCACACUGGACGACCUCCUCCAGUUUGGCUCCAUUCAGCCAUUCCUCGUGAACCUGGAUAACCUGCAGCUCUUCGCUCAGACCAGCGUUCCUGAUGACGUGAUGGAGCACUACGUGACUCUGCUGUUCGAGAUGAAUCCGUCCUUCAGCGCCUACUAUCUUCCUCUGAAGUUCCGCUGCUUGGCUCCUGCGAGCUCCUUCCUUCAGCUGAGUCUGGAGCAGCUGAAGAUCAUCUCAUCCAGCAUCCAUCAGAACUGCACAGAUGUUCUCCCCGAUGUGUCGGCGGCUCUGGCGAGUAAUGCGGAGGUUCUGACGGUGGACACCAUCGAGGCUCUGGGUCAGUCGUCCACGGGUUUGAGCACAGCUCAGAUCAGUGGCGCCGGAGGGAAUGUGCUGCUCAACAUGCUCUCCGUGCUCAGACUUGUACUGGGCUGGAACCUCGAUCAGGCCAUGAUGAUCAUCCAAACCCUGCUGUCGUCUGGAGUUUACCAGAUUAAUAGUGUGGCCAGUCUGCUGGAUUUGGGUUCGCUGAUCAUCGGUGUUCAAUCAUCAAUCUUCAGAGUAAUCUCAGGAGAAAUCUUCCUUGAGGCAGUGAAAUCUGAACUGUUCGUGACCAGUGUCAUCGGCGCACCUGUGAUCGUCCAGCAGACCAUCGUCAGCCAGAUCAUCGCUGUCAACAGCUCGUCUGACGCCAUCAUCACAAACGUUCCUGACCUCAUGGCGACGGAAAUCCCGCGCAUCUUCCUGCUGGAUGUGCCGCAGUCAUCCGCGGCUGCGCAGGCGGUCAACCGGAAGAAAUGGAAACACGAGCAGGCUGUUCUGAUCUUUGAAACCGUCACUGCACAGUUCAGCAAUCCAGAUGACAUGUCCUUCCAGGUGCUGCAGGGCUUCACCUGUUCACGAAUCCAGAGCUUCAGCACUAGUAAAGUCCUGAGUCUGAUCCGCGGCUGCAGACGGCGAGCCAAUCAGACGCUCGUCCUGCAGGAGUCACAGCUGACCUGCAUGCAUCACUACAUCAAGAGCGCCGAUCUCUCUGCCUUCUCGCAGUAUCCUGCUGAAGUGCUCAUCUAUUACAACUACUCGAUGAUCGACAGAUCUCUGUGCCGCUCGUAUUUCUCGUCUCUGGGAGUGGCCAACUUCUCUGUUCUGUCCAGCACACUGUCCUUCAAGAAGCAGACGCUCUUCAACCACGCCAGGGGCUGUCUUGGAAUCUCAGGCGUCAGCAUCAGUCGGGAUCAGCUGGAUGUUUUGGGCAGCAUGAGCUGUUUUCUGAGCGGCGAGUACAUCCAGAGCUCGGACCCGUAUGUGCUGGAGAAGCUCAAGCCGUGUGUGGAUCUAUCAGCUGAGCAGAUCUCUGCGCUGGAGAGCAUCCUGCUGGGAGGAAACACCAGCUACGGACCCUCAGACAGCUGGAACAGAGCCACGCUGGAGAGCCUGGACCUCCUGCCGCUGUACCUCACCGCCAACAUCUGGAGCAAAUUCACACAGGCAAACAAGCAGAGGUUUCUGAAGACCUUCAUCCGUGACCUGAGGAAGAAUGAUAAAGCCUCAGAGACGAAGAUCCUCAACAUGAUGAAUGAGGUCAACAAAAUCUCACGAGUCAAAAUCAAGAGAUCCGCUGUCCUUUACAAUCAGAUCAACCAGGCGAUCGUGUCUGGACACAUACAGUCCUUUACAGUAGGAGUUGUCAUUUGA